AGGGCCAGCAACGUCUAGAGAGAGAAGGAGGAAGGAGACGACGGCACGGCACGGCACGGCGACGACUUCCCUUUCUAGGAACCGACGGGGAAGAAUUUCGCUGUUUUGUUCCUUCCAUCUUCAUCUGCAAGGCGGAGUUUUCUUCGACAGCGGGGGAGCUCAAUCCGCCGGAUUCAAUGGAUGACAAGGAAGGAGGAUCCUCGAGAUCGGCGGCUCCGGUGCAGCGGCCUACUAUCACGCUGCCGCCGCGGAGUUCGAUGGAGAGUUUUCUCACGAGCGGGUUUAGUGGGGUGAGCCCGGGGCCUAUGACUCUGGUGUCGAGUUUUUUCUCGAACGGAGAUUCUCAGCCCUCGUUCUCCCAGUUGCUGGCGGGUGCUAUGGCGUCUCCCGGCGCUUUUGCUGGUGUCCGGAUGCAGCCUCAGCCAGUGGCGGAGAAGGUUGAGGCCGAUCUGAAGGAGGAAUCCGGCGGUGGAAGUGGUGGAGAUGCGGGUUUUAGGUUCAAGCAUAAUCGACCCGCGGGGUUGGCAAUAACUCAACCGUCAAUGUUUACCAUACCUCCUGGUUUGAGUCCUGCAACUCUGCUUGAUUCGCCUGGAUUCAGUGCUCUCUUUUCACCUGGCCAGGGCCCUUUUGGGAUGUCCCAUCAGCAAGCACUUGCUCAAGUCACUACUCAGGCUGUUCAGGCUCAAGUUCAAAUGCCUAUUCUACCAGACUACCCUUCUUCAUCAGCUGCUCCUGCAGCACCAUAUUCACGACUACAGACUACAAAUCAACAGAUGCCUCCUCAAGCAACUGAUCAUAAUAAUAUUAUGAAAGGGUCAACGGAUGUUUCCCAUUCUGAUCAGAAAAUUGAACCUGCUCCCUUUCCCGCUGACAAACCUGCUGAUGAUGGCUAUAACUGGAGAAAAUAUGGGCAGAAGCAUGUCAAGGGAAGUGAAUUUCCCCGGAGUUACUAUAAGUGUACACAUCCAAAAUGUCCUGUCAAAAAGAAAGUUGAGCGUUCAAUUGAAGGCCAAAUAACUGAAAUAAUAUACCAGGGACAACACAACCAUCCACCACCUCAAAACAGAAAGGGUGCUAAGGAUCCUGGAAACACCAAUGGGACCACUGCUCUUCUAUGCGGCUCUGAACCGAUUUCUGAGGGUCUCACAACAAACAUCAACAAGCACAAGGAUCAAGAAUCAAGUCAAGCUACACAUGAGCACGUGUCUGUGUCUAGUGAGAGUGAAGAAGUGGGUGAUGAUGAUGAAACUAAAACAGAUAGAAGAGAUGAUGAUGAACGUGAAUCAAAGCGGAGGGCCACAGAAAUGCAGGUUCUGGAUCCAGCUACUGCAUCCCAUCGCACGAUUAUAGAACCCAGGAUCAUUGUUCAGACUACUAGUGAAGUUGACCUUUUAGAUGAUGGAUACCGGUGGCGAAAAUAUGGCCAGAAAGUUGUUAAAGGCAACCCUUAUCCAAGAAGCUACUAUAAAUGCACAAAUCCCGGGUGUAAUGUUCGAAAACAUGUUGAGAGGGCCGCAAAUGAUCCAAAAGCUGUCAUUACGACAUACGAGGGUAAGCAUAACCAUGACGUUCCGGCAGCUAGGAACAGCGGACCCACCACAACAAACAACAAUGCUGCCCUGCAAUGGAGGCCACACGGCACCGUGGGCCAACAGCAGGCUUCACUUGGGACAAAUUAUUCUAGGAGUGAGCAGCAAGUGGCACUACUGCAAUUCAAAGAAGAACAAAUUACAUGAUCUGUCCGGACUUUCGCACCGGAAGACGCUGAGAAGACAGCUGGCAGCCUACGACUGGUCACCCAUAAUAUAUUUAUGGCAAAGCAAAUCAUCUGUUUAGGAAAGGGUUUCACCCCAAAACCUCUGUGAACUCUUAGAAAGGGGUUGUUUGUAUGGCUAUGGUUAUGGUUAUUAACUUAUUAAGAGUGUGUAUUCUUUUCAUUGUAAAUGUCUUUGUAAUUGCAAAAAGCUUUUUUUUCUUUAUUUUNUGUAUUGGAGGUGAAAAGAUGUAUUGAUUGAUCCAUUUCAAUUCAAACUGAUUAUGAAUAUACUUUGAGAAGGUUU